AUGUUCAAACGUAAAUUAACUGCACUUGAAUAUGGAAAAGAUUAUAACCCACAAGAUGAAAACCAGUUUCGACGAAUGGUUGUAUGGCUUGAAGAUAUGAAAAUACGUUUAUAUCCUAUUGAUGAACGACAACAACUUCGUGAUACUGAUAAUCCUCAAUGGGAACAAGCUUUUUCAAAAUAUUUACAAGAUUUAAAAUGUCCGUAUAAUGAAGAAACAAUUAAAGACCAUGUAGCUGUUAGUGAUUGGCUUCUUGGAGCAGCUAUUCGUUUUGAAUAUGGUGAUAAUGUUGAAAAAUAUAAAUUAAUUACAUCGAAUGAUCAACAACAAAAAACAAAUUCAUCAGACCAAAAUGAGAAUCCAUUAGAAAAAAUCGAUUUUGCAAGUGCUGAAUUUAAAUCUGGUAUGUUACAAUUAUGUGAACUUUUACAAAUUCCAACUAAAUUUAAUGAUACAACAGCUAUUCUUCGUGCUGUAAGUAAAGUAAUAACAACAAAAUUAUCCAAAGAAGCCAUUGACAAAAGUCAAAUAAAAGAACAAGGUACCGGUGUUGAUUUCUCUAUCGAACAAAUGUCACUUGGGUUUGAUAGUGGUGAUAAAAUAAUAAAUGAAGCUGCGAAAGUUCUUCGAUUAUUAUAUAUUCAAGAUUUACGAACAUUACAAACAAAAAUAAAUGAAACUAUUGUAAAUGUUCAAUCACUUGUUGCUGAUCCACGUACGGAUAGUAAAUUAGGAAAAAUUGGAUAUUAA